AUGGGGCACAGAGGAGUGUCCCAUGUCCCCUGGGUGCCACUCCCGGUGGGAUGGGGCACAGAGGAGUGUCCCACGUCCCCGCGGGUGCCACCCCCAGGUGCCCAGCUCGGUGACCCGCUGUGCUGCCACAUCUUCACCAAGGCGGGCGAGGUGCUGGCGCGCCACGUGGUGGCCGUGCUGCCCAAAAUCCACCAGAGCCUGUUCGCGGGCGAGCUGGGGCUGCCCAUCGUGUGCGUGGGCUCGGUGUGGAACAGCUGGGAGCGCCUGCAGGAGGGGUUCAUCCGGGUGCUGGAGCAGGCGCGGCGCGCGGCCCGCGGGGAUUUCUCGCGGUUCAGCCUGCUGAAGCUGAAGCGCUCCUCGGCGCUGGGGGGAGCGCGGCUCGGGGCGCGCAGCGUGGGGGCGGCGCUGCCGCUGGAUCGCGCCAGCAACGUGGACGUGUUCUACACGCACGUGUUCUGAGACCGGCGCCCCAGACACGGGACAGCGCCCCGAAACUGCCCCGGAGACACCCCGAAACUACCCCGGAGACACCACCCCAAACACGGCACUGCGCCCCAAAACUGCCCCGGAGACACCACCCCAAAACUGCCCCCGGAGCCGCCCCAAAACUGCCCCCGGAGCCGCCCCAAAACUGCCCCCGGAGACACUGCCCCGAACACGGGACAGCGCCCCAAAACUGCCCCGGAGCCACCGCCCCGAAACUGCCCCUGGAGACACCACCCCAAACACGGCACUGCGCCCCAAAACUGCCCCCGGAGCUGCCCCAAAACUGCCCCUGGAGACAGUGCCCUGAAUACAGCACACCACCCCAAAACUGCCCCCGGAGACAGCGCCCCAAAAACGGGACAGCGCCCCAAAACUGCCCCUGGAGCUGCCCCAAAACUGCCCCCAGAGACAGUGCCCUGAACACGGGACAGCGCCCCAAAACUGCCCCCGGAGCCACCACUCCGAACACGGCACAGCACCCCGAAACUGCCCCCGGAGACAGCGCCCCAAACACGGGACAGUGCCCCAAAACUGCCCCCGGAGCUGCCCCAAAAACAGGACAGUGCCCUGAAACUGCCCCUGGAGCCGCCCCUCG